AUAAACAAGUCACUAAUACAUAAUAACCCUUUAAUACACAUUGUAACCGCUGGAAUCAAUCUCAAAUACUGCCAAAACAUUACUAUGUCCUUUCUAGGAACCACACAUUCAUGUGACAUAACAUUACUACACAUUUUAUAAUGCUAUACAAUGUAGUUACAACAUCCAUGACUAGUGUAAUGUAUCUGACAGAAUGGAUGGUAUUACAAGGUCAAUACCGUACAUGACUAAAUUAUAUAUAACCACGUCGGUUUGCCUUAUGGUUCUUUGUUCUCUGGAUAUUGUAAGUCCGCUGAAUUUAUAUAUGAGUUGGACUAUGAUAUUUCAAGGAGAAAUAUGGCGGCUUAUUACAUGUUUCGUGUACUUUGGAUCAUUUGGGAUGACAUUUUUUUGGAAUCUCUAUGUCCUAGUUCAUUACUGCAGUUCGCUGGAAAGCAUAACUAUGCAUAAUAGGCCAGCCGAUUUUCUUUGGAUGCUUAUAUUUUCAGCUACAAUGUUGUUGACACUAUCGCAUUUCUUUAGUCACAGCGUAUUUUACGGAGGCAGCAUGAUUAACAUUCUGACAUAUAUUUGGGGAAGAAAGAAUCCCUACAAUCGCGUUGGUAUUAUAUUUCUUAACGUGCCAGCUCCAUAUUUGCCGUGGGUCAUGUUGGCACUCUCCCAUUUCUCAGGCUCUUCUCUAACGGAAAAUAUUAUGGGAAUAUUUGUGGGACAUACAUACUACUAUUUUACUGAAGUAUUUCCCACCAUGCCAAUAACACAUGGGAUUCGCCCCUUAGACACGCCGGGGUUCCUCAAAAAACUCCUCAAUCAACCGUAGAGUGUCUAUAUUGCGUUGAAUCAUCAAACAAUGGUUGGGCAGAGUAUCAACCUAUUUUUCGU